AUGUGUCAAGUCUGGUACAAAUUCCACUUCUGCUCCCAAGGAGGAAGAUGUGUCUCCAAUAACGGCUGGGUCAACCGUGCCGGCGAGAUGUACGUGAGACCAUACGCUCGCGAGGUCAUGGUCAGGCGUGAAUGCCCAGACUUCAGGUACCGCGGUUGCUCCGGCCAGCAGUACGUCGGUGGAGACACCAAUGAGAGCGACAACAUGUGCCCUCAGUGCGAGAGCGCUUCCAGGAGCCACGGAAGAAGAAGAAGACGCUAG